AUCACUCUGAACUCUGAAGCACCGGGGCUGCUUCAGUAACUGAAGGGAGGACAAAAACCGUCCACCUGAUUUGCCUGAUCCUGCCGUGACGAUGAAAACACACGAGCGUGCUGCUAGCCUGGCCCUUGCUGGUCUGAGCCUGGCGCCGCUCGUGAUCAACGUGAACCCGAACCUGAAUGUGGUACUGACGGCAUGCCUCACCGUCUACGUGGGUUGCUACCGUUCCGUCAAGGCGACUCCACCAUCUGAGACGAUGUCGAAAGAGCACGCGAUGCGAUUCCCUCUGGUGGGGAGCGCGAUGCUUCUCUCGCUGUUCCUGAUGUUCAAGUUCCUCUCCAAGGACUUGGUCAACACUGUCCUCACCGCCUACUUUUUCGUUCUCGGCAUUGCCGCCCUCUGUGCCACGCUGCUUCCUUCCGUCGAACGGUUUCUUCCUGUAGGGUGGAAUGAUAACGUCAUCGUGUGGCGUGCUCCAUACUUCCACUCACUCUCAGUGGAGUUCACCAAGUCUCAAGUUGUUGCUUCAAUCCCAGGAUUUUUCUUUUGUACAUGGUAUGCCAUGAAGAAGCAUUGGCUAGCAAACAAUGUUUUGGGAAUUGCUUUCUGCAUUCAGGGAAUUGAGAUGCUAUCACUAGGAUCAUUCACAACCGGUGGUAUUCUCUUGGCUGGACUUUUUCUGUAUGACAUCUUCUGGGUGUUCUUCACUCCAGUUAUGGUCACUGUUGCUAAAUCAUUUGAUGCUCCGAUAAAGCUUCUGUUUCCCACUGCGGAUGCUGCACGCCCUUUCUCCAUGCUUGGCCUUGGUGAUAUCGUGAUACCUGGUAUUUUUGUUGCACUUGCUCUGCGUUUUGAUGUCUCGAGGGGGAUCAAGAACCGUUACUUCAACAGUGCAUUUCUGGGAUACGCUGCGGGUAUAACAGCAACAAUAGUUGUGAUGAACUGGUUUCAAGCUGCGCAGCCUGCUCUGUUAUACAUCGUUCCUGGUGUGACUGGUUUCGUCGCUGUUCACUCCAUGUGGAAUGGAGAAGUGAAGCCGCUGCUGGAAUUCGUCGAGAAACAAGCUGAAGAGGAGGGAGCCGGCGAGGGAGAAGAUAAAGACCCCAAGCAGAGCAAAAAGGUGGACUAGUGUUGGAUAAGUUCUUUCUAAUUAGCUAGGAGAAUCAGGAAUUUAAAUGGGCCGGAUGAUCUCAACAACCGAGAAGUUGACUCAUAUGCAAAAAAAAAAACCUCCUUUUUUAUUCGAAAAAUCAUUACUAUUUAUUCCUUUGAGUGGUAGUAGAACUGUAGAAGAGGGAACAUAUGCCGUGAAAUGGACUUGGAACAGAAUGCAGUUCAUUGAGAUUUGACUUCACCUGCCGCUGGCCA